UACCCCCUAAUGGCGUUUUGGUAUAAAAAAAAUUCUGAUAUCGAAGUAAAGUAUCCUUUGAAAUACCGCAAAGUCGUUCACUUCUUUUCCUGCGCAACCCUUAUCCAAAGAAGCUUACAGGAGACAACAUCCUUCAACAUCUCAUUUUUUCUUUGCUGCACUUUCUAUGGGGAUUAUAUGGGUGGAGGUCUGCUUGAUAUCUGCUCAUGGGCUCCAGCAUUCAACCUCACUUUGGAAACGUCAAUGGUUUGCGGUUGGGUGGAUUGAUUUUAACAGCAAAUAUUGCACCAAAGUUGUUGAUUCUGGGAGUGCAAAUCCUGUAUGGAGAACCACGUUUUUCAUUCCUGUUGAUGACUCAUCGCCAAACAUCCAAGAUUUGGCACUGAAUGUGGAAGUUUACAGUAUCGACCCCAUAUUUUUCAAGGAAAAGCUGCAUGGUUCAACAACAGUUUUUCUCAAAGAGUUUAUUGUCAAGCAGGUAAUGAAUUAUGAGGUGUCUAAGCCUAGGCAACAGGAAGUUGGAAGCUACCAAUUACGAAAGAGGAAAUCCAGCAAACCAAGAGGAUUCAUUGAUAUUUUGAUUCGUGUUUCUGAUGAAAAGAAAGAGUCAAGUUCCCACUCAGGUAACAAGGAAGGGAUUUUGCCGUCAGAUGAUGGCGAUGGUACUCAAUUGACCGUUGAGGAAGGAGUAAGGCAAGCCAACGCGCAGAAGCCUCAAGCUGCAAUCCAUCGGCCAGAAAAUCAUGUACAAACAAACGUCCCUGAGUUCCAUUCAGUGCCAUUCACCACUACAAACUAUUAUGAUCCAUAUGUGGGUAAACUAAGCUACCACGAGGUGGGUGGACCAAGCUACCACGAGGUGGGUGAACCAAGCUACCACGAGGUGGGUGAACCAAGCUACCAUGAUGUGGGUGUACCAAACUAUCUACUACCUAGAAAAAUAACUCCUCCUCCACCAUCCCCACCAUACAAUGCUGGCUAUAUUCCCACUUUCAUCCCAACAAAUGAUGGCUUGCCUUCAAGCUACAUAGACAUGUCAACAUCCAGGGAGGCCCCAGGUCAGAGGGUACCUCUAGGUGUUGCAAUGGGAUUAGGUGCUGGAGCACUAGCUGCUGGUGCUGUAAUAUUUGGUGAUGACUUCAUGUCAGGAUUUGAUGUUCCUCCGGCCCUAGGAGAUUCUAGUUUCAACCUAGAAAUGGAUCCUCCUUUCUGAACGAGCAUUUAUCAGCUUUAAAUAAAUUAUAUUUGGCUGCAUAAAGCCUACCAACAAACCCUACAUUGCCAUUGUAUAUGAGUUUUGGCGUUUGUAAGAUUUUGUUUGGAUAAAUUUCUCGACAAAAACAAACUGGUAGUAGAAGAAAAUAGGAAGGUACAACGCAUUGAAUUUUUCCCGAGCUAAAGUCUACUUAUUCACUUUAGCUUCUAGAGAAGUUGAGUGAAAAGAGCUUCAAUACAAGUUAAAUACCCAGGUUGACUUCAAUUUGUGGGAAAAACUUGAUUCAUUUUACCUCCUUAUUUACUUUCUAUAAAUACAUAUGGAAAAAUUUAUCCAAAAAGAACUUGGGAUAAUUUAGUAAAAGAAAAUGUUAAGUUUCA